AGGAUAGGUGAGAUUGUUGGUAUGAGCUGUGCCGCGAGAAUAAGUUAACUGUGGUGUUUGGUUUGGUUUGAGGGUUACACACGAAAAUACACAAUGGACUUAAUGGAGUUAUGGGCAAUUUUCGGCCCCGGCGUCGCAGGCGCCGUCUUUGGCGCCGGCUGGUGGAUCUGGCUUGACGCCGUCGUCUGUAGCUCCGUUACCGUUGCCUUCCUCCACUACCUCCCUGGAAUUUUUGCAUCUCUUGCGGCUUUGAUGUUCAAUUGCGUUAGAAAAGAAGACAUUGAUUAUUCUCCCUACGACGAAGGCGAGUGGAGACUGAAGCUGUGGCUCUUCAUUGCAUAUGUUGUAUCCUUUGUUUCCUUAGCUGGUUCAGCAGGUCUACUGAUCCAAGAUUCAAUUGAUAAAUCAGCUCCUUCAGUUUGGACAGGUGUUGCAGGUGUUUUGCAGUGUGUUUUUGUCUUGAUCAGUGGACUUGUAUAUUGGACUUCUCAUCCUGAAUAAGGCACACGAAGAUAUAACUUGAAGAUUCAAAUUAUGCCAGGUUAUGUCCACCCAUGUAUCAUCUUGUUUAUUUUAUGUGACGGGAAAUGGCUGACUUCAUGUAAAUCAGUAAAUGUAAAUUGUGCUAACAAUCUUGAGCCUCCGGGUAGAUUCAUAAUAUCUUGUUUCAUAUAGUUGAUCAAGAUCUGUUACCUGAAUUGUAGUCGCUUGGUGUUGGUAUCUAUAAUGUCCUCCCCCAUCCCCUCUUAAUAUUUUGAACUUACAGCAUAGAGGAAAGGAAUUUCUUUAUGGUUCUAACUGGGAAUAAUUCUGUUGACGACAUCUAGGUUUGACCAGAAAAACUCUAAAUGGAGAAUUCAGAUAAGUUAUGUAUGAAAGUUUGUGUAAAUAGCAUUUUCACUGUGAGCAGCUAAGGUAGGACUUGACAGAGAUUCCCAGACACAAUUCUCCGUCCUUCAUUUAUACUCGUAAGUCGUCUUCUUUGAAAAAUUACAUAAAAGGCCGAGAGUCCGAGCAAAAUAAAUAGAUAAAUAAACUUCUGUUAAACGGGGGCUAUGGAAGCCCUGCAUGCACAGCUUGAGUCAAUUGCCCAUGACAAGCGGGCGGAAGUUUCCAUGUUAAUAGCCAUUAGGUUCUGUGUUGUAGAAAAUUGGCAUUGUACCUGGCGUGACUGAUAACUCUGAUACGACAUUUCCAUGGCUUUUUGAUAGCCGGUGUGAUUAUGGAGUUCACUGUGGAAGGGCUAGUGCAGUUGCAACCUCCAAAUAUAAAGUGGCCGGAUGGACACUGGUCAUCACUGUUUUGUGGAACUCAUGUUCAGACGGGUUCUGCUUAAUGCAAUAUGUCUUGACAUUUCAAUAAAAUUAGACUUCACGUUCUUUC